GCAACUAGACAGAGCACGAGCAGAGACCUGCGCUCAUCAACACACACACACGAACACACACAAUGCUUCGGCAGCUUUGGUUCAUAUCGUCCUUGCUAUAGGCACAGAAGUUGGACGAGGAUCAAAUCAUGUUCAGCAAAAGAAACCCCAGCCUUGGCAAAAUAGGAGCAAUAUGGGGAUUGUGCAUUCUCCUGCUUUACACCAGCCCUCUCUCCUGUUUUGCCAAUUUCAGCCAAGCGAAAGAGCUUCUCUAUAAAAUAAAGGAAGGAUUACCCAGGGGGACUCUCAUAGGGGCUGUCGGCAAGGACUUAAACUUGGAUUUCAACGUUGAUCCCCCACUUUUAUUCAAUCUGCCACAAAAGACGAACAGUGAGCAGUACGUCCAACUGAACAGCACCACAGGGAAGCUGUAUACAUCUAGCACGGAGAUCGACAGGGAGGGUCUGUGUCCGGAGUCUGGCCCAGGACGCUACGCUGCAGACUGUGUCCUGGCCCUCGACGUGUUUGUCCUCCCCCAGCAGCACUUUCAGCUGGUCAAGGUCAAAAUUCUGGUGGAGGACGUCAACGACAACCGCCCACGUUUCCCGGUGGACGAAAUCCGCGUGUCUGUCCCGGAGAACGCCCCGGUGAACUUGCGCUAUGCCGUGGAGCAGUCGGCCGUGGACCCGGACCUGGGGGUCCACGGCGUGCAGACCUACUGGCUGGUCAAUGACUUUGGCGUGUUCACGCUGGACGUGGAGGAGAACGAGGGCGGCGAGCUGACCCCCUUCCUCAUUGUGACGGAGGAGCUGGACAGGGAGACACAGGGCGAGUACGUGACCGACAUCAUCGCCGAGGACGGCGGCAGCCCGCCUCUCCUGGGCACGGCCUCGCUCCGCAUCGUGAUCGGCGACGUCAACGACAACUGCCCCCAGUUCACCGAGUCCCACGUCAAUGUCACCGUGUUCGGGAACGCCACCAAAGGGGCGCCGCUGACACGCCUCCACGCGUUCGAUCCCGACCUAGGCGCCAACGCCGCCGUCACCUACGCCUACAGCGAGCGCGUGCCGAGGGAAACGAGGACCCUGUUCCAUCUGGACGCGGCCACGGGGGUCGUCAGGCUGGCGGGGAAGAUCGACGCCAGCACCGGAAAGUUCUACAAGCUCACCGUCCUCGCCAAAAGCCCCGGGUGCAUCCCUGCCGUCGCCACGGUGACAGUUCACGUGGUCCGGGUGGCGACGGGGCCCCCUGUGGUCGUGCCGCGCUACAUCGCGGCGGAGAAAGACGGCGUGGUGUCCGUGAAAGAGUCGGAGCCGCCCUUCACGCCCAUCGCGUUCUUCACCGUGAAGAACGCAGAGCAGAGGCAGAAGGUGGACUGUCACUUGGAGGGUUCGGGCCCGUUCAGACUGAGCCCUUACAAGCUGUUCAAGAACGAGUACCUCCUGGAAACCACGGAGGCCCUGGACUAUGAACAGAGACAGGACUACGAGUUGACCGUGGUGGCUAAGAACUCCCGCGGCCUGGUCAUCAAGACCACGGUUCGCGUGCGGGUCCUGGAUGAAAACGACAACGCUCCAGUGUUCCAGCAGGGUCUGGUGGAGGUGUCGGUGGAGGAGAACAACCCCCCCAACACCUUCCUCACCCAGCUGCAGGCGAGUGACCAGGACAGCGAGGCCCGAGGCGAGGUCAUCUACCUCCUGGGCUCCGACGCUCCCUCCAUCUUCCUGUUGGACCGGACGACCGGCGUUUUAACGGUGGCCACGUCCCUUGACCGGGAGGAGAAGGAGAAGUACCGCUUCACGGUGCGGGCGGUGGACCGAGGGUCUCCCAGGAGGGAGUCCAUCGCCACGGUGAUCGUCACCGUGCAGGACCGCAACGACAACAGCCCGCGCUUCAUCAACAAGGACUUCACCUUCUUCGUCCCGGAGAACUUCCCCGGGUUCGGGGAGAUCGGCGUCCUGUCGGUGACGGACCCGGACGCGGGGGAGAACGGCUGGGUGGCGCUGUCCAUCCUCAACGGCAGCGACGUCUUCGUCAUCGACACGGGCCGCGGCGCCCUGAGGGCGAGGACGCCGCUGGACCGCGAGCAGCAGGGCACCUACUACCUGUGGGUCGAGGCGGCGGACGGAGGCGAGCCCUCCCUCUCCUGCGUCGCCGUGGUGACGGUGCUCCUCCUGGACGUGAACGACAACCCCCCCGUCGUGCUGUUCCCCCAGUCCAACCAGUCGUACAUGCUGGUGCUGCCCAGCACGCUGCCCGGCACGUCCAUCACCGAGGUGUAUGCCGUGGACAAGGACACGGGCAUGAACGCCGUCAUCGCCUACAGCAUCAUCAGGAGGAAAGGAGGCGAGCCGGGGUCGUUCGACAUCGACCCGGACACGGGGAACAUCACCCUGAGGAGAGAGCUGAGCGACCGCGGCCUCUACAGCCUCCUGGUGAAGGUCAGCGACCACGGGCAGCCCGAGCCUCUCCACUCCACGGUCGUGGUCAACCUGUUUGUCAACGAGACGGUCAGCAACGAGAGCUACGUCCAGAGCCUGCUGACCAGGGAGGCGGAGAUCGAGGUGGAGGAGAAGCCGUGGUUCGUGGGCCAGUUUACCGAGAGACAGGAGAGGACGGAGGCGUUGCCGUGCCGCCCGCUCCUCAUCGCCCUGGCGACCACCUGCCUGGGACUGUUCUCCAUGGUGGUCACGUUGCUCUCGUACAUCUGCUGCAGCAAGCUGCAGAAGCACCGCAAGAAGAAGAGGGAGGUGAGGAUCCCUCUGAAGAUGAGCGGGGAUAUCCACGCGGUGGACAGGAAACUCAUGGAGAUCUCAAACAUCUGACUUCAUCCGCAUUUACACUGUUUACAAUGUUUACACAACCUGUUUACAAUAUUGAAUAUUCAUAUGGGUGUGAGUUUAGUCCUCAACAGAUCACAUCAGUCCACUCCAGUCCAAAAUACUUUUGUGUAUAUACUGUACAUAUGUUUACAGAACAUGUUUUAUAAAUUUAUACAAAAAACUCUAAAAUAGACCUGAGAAGGUAGCGAAAGAAUUAUGACCCCCUAAUACUGUCUCAGAAAAUAUUGUUUGGU